AACAGCUAGAGAAAAAGAUGGACGACACAAUUGUCUGUUCUCCGCAGCUUGCGGAAUCAGACGCUCAAAAUAACACUACUAGUACCCCUAACGCGGCUUCUGUCACAGAUGCUGACAAAGUAAUAAACACUAAAAUAGAUAGUACCCAGGUUGAAGGUGACAAGAAUGAAGAGGAGCUGCUAAAGGGUCUCCUCACUGACAACUACUGCCAUGUGUGUGAGGCUGUGCUGCUGUUUGAAUCUCAACGGCUGUCCCACUAUGAGGGAAAGAAACAUGCUCAGAAACUCAAGCUGUACCUGCAGGCCCGAAAAGCGGAGAAGAUGAAAAGAGAGACCACAGUACGCCAGCGGACCAUACCCAAUGAUAAGGACCGUUUCUGUGAGCUGUGUAAUAUGGUGUUUAGUUCCCACUUGGUGGCAAAAUCACACUAUGAAGGCAAAGUCCAUGCAAAAAAUCUUCGUAAACAAGGUCUUCAGCCCCCAGUCAUAAACAGGUACACAAUGGUGUGUACUUUACCAAGGCUUCCUCAGGAUCCUGAUAAUGCCGACCAGAAAUCAGCCCCAGAGGGUGGUAUGGAGCAUCUCAUGGACACUGCAGCCUCCACAACUAUUCCCAGCACAGAGGUUGAUCUGAGGGACCCUAACAAGUACUGUGCUCUGUGUGCUGCUUCUUUCAACAAUCCCCAAAUGGCUUUGCAGCACUACAAUGGACGCAAACAUCAGAGGAACCAGGCCAGACAGGAGCUAAUCAAAGAGCUGGGAGACGAUGUCCAGCAAGCCAACUCCCUGAUGUGUCAGAUGUGUAGUGUGCAAUUUAACUCUGUGGAGAUGUACCAGGCACACAUUCAGGGAAACAAGCACCAGAUUAGGGAGAAGAAGGUCAUUGACCUGUGCAAAUCCCAACAAAAAGUCUACAGCACAUUUGCAGAUGAACUGGCAGAUUACAUUCAGGUUCAGAAAGCUCGUGGAAUUAACCCCAAGACCAGUCAAGUCCCCCCCCAGGGUGACACACAAAAGGAGGAUGAGGAAGAUGAAGAGGAAGUACAGGAAGUAUUAAAUAAGGGGCAUAUCACAGAACUGAACAAACCUAUGCCCAACCUUACUCCCACCGCUGACCCUCCUCAUCAUUCCCGCCCUGGUUGUUAUUACCCAGCUCAAGGGUGGCAUCCUCCUUAUCUGGGCCGUCCCUGGCCUCCUCAUGGCUGGGACUACAACUGCCCUCCUCCAGUCCUCCAAGGCUCAGGCUCUCCACAGUUCACCAGUCGGCCCAUAAAGAGGGUGAGGCGCAGAAAGCAGUCAAGUUCCUCCUCGUAUACUGCCUCAUCAUCUUACUCCUCCUCAUAUUCCUCUUCCUAUAGCAGUAGCACAAGUGACAGUGAUGACAGUGAAUACAAGCGAAGAGAAAGGAGGAGGAUUAGGAGACCCAGGAAGGAGCGUGGCAGAAGGACAAGAGAUGAAGACCCGGACAUGGAGGAGAGGAGGAAAAAACGGCACAGGAAGGAAAGAGAUAAUGACUCAGACGAAAGAAAAGGAGAGGAAUCUGGAGAGUCAGAGCAAGAAAGAGGGAGAAAAAAGCAAAAGAAACAUGGCAAGCAGAGACGAAAAGAAAAAAAAUCCCGGAGUGAGGACCUCGAGGAGGAAGGGGGGGAAAGGGUGAUGGACAAUUUAAAGUCAGAGGACAUGAUGGAUCAUAGAAAAUAUACUGAAGUGCAUAUUCAGGCUGAAAUUAAUGUUGAGCAGGGGGAGGGUGGCCAGGACGAGACAACAAAACCCAAAUACAGGAAAGAUAAGAAGAAAAUGAAAGAGAAAGUAGACACUAGGACGGAAGAGGAGAAGCUGUGGGAUGACUCCAUUCUGGGCUGUUAAACUGAGCAAGAGCAGCUCAGCUCUGUCUUCUGAACUGCUGACAUUUAGGCAACACAUGAAGUUAUCAUGAUCAUGACUUUGAAAAUUUAAAACUGUAUAUUAAAAUUAUUAAAAUAAUUUUGAUAGCAGUUAAAAAAGCAAUUUUCACCAUCUGCACCGAUGGCCCAAAAAGUGUUGUUCUCCCUAGGUGUGCUAGCUGGCUAGCCAUGCUUAUUCAAUUUGUGUUUGUAAAGAAUGAAUGUUAUUCUUAUUUGAGUUUGUUUGGAGGGGUUACUCACACAUAUCCACAGCUAUAAUAGCUUUAUUUUUCACUAUGACACUUAAUAAUAUCUUUGAUUAAAUUCAUGUGCACAGUCAGCCACAGUUGUUGGCUGUCAUAUUUAAGAUCUCAUAUUUUCUUGCUUAUCAUUUAGAGUGAUCAAAAAGUCCUCUUGAACUCUUAGCGCAUCAGUUACUUAAAUUACGUUUGAUUGUGUAUCUGUGCUCCUGGCAAGGAUGUAUUAGUUUGUGAUCCCUCUAGCAGCCUGUGGUUGGCACUGUUGAGCUUCAUGCAGAGCACCAGUAAAGCAAAUAAAAGCCCACAGAUGUUGGAAGCUUAGUCAUUUCAUUUCUUUUGAAGCUCUCUCUGCUUUCACUCAGAGGCACAUAGGCUGAAAGAAGGCUGUUGGAGCGGUAGAGAGGUUCAGCAUAUUUUAAUUAUUAUGGUAAUAAUAAAAUUGCAACAAAUUCAAAAUGCCCUUUGAGCACACUGCAGCACCGCAUAACUAUUAAAAAAACAGGAGAGACAUUGCCCUAGUCUGCAGCGCAUUGUCUGUGUGUGCAUGUGCUAUGGAUAUAUUUGCACAUCAAAACAGCACAGAAAGUGUUUGGGGUCAUACAGGUGCAAAACUUAAAACGAGGACAGCUCUUUACAAGCUUCAAAAUUCAUCUUCAGAUGUUGUCUUUGAUGAACUGAACAAAGGCAGUUUAUGAUAUCUAAAGGAGACUGAAAAGAGGCAAAGUAAAGUUUUUGCAAUUAAUUCAAAUUUCCUGUUGUCCUCUUGAGUCAUAAGGAUCCUAGGUCCUUAAGAGUGUAAAAUAGUAAAGCACAGUCUAAAUACCUAGGCUGGCUGAGCAUCUGUUCGAUCUUUUUGGCACAAUAACAACACUUUUGUUCUCCUUACACAACUGUUUUUGACUUCGAUUUUUUUUUUCUUGAUAUUAACUGGGUGGUUUGUGGACAACGUUGCAAAACUUUAUCAGUAGGUGCUACACAGAUUUCUAGCUCAGGCAGCUUUAUGGAUUAUGGCAGUGGGCUAGUUUGAUUUUGUUUAAGACUAGAUAUCCAGAAGAAAGGUUAUAGGUUUGCAGGCAAUAUGGACUCAGACUGAGGUGGUGGUCUAAUAUUUUCAAACUACUCUUGAUGCAGGUGCAAUAAAAAGCUGUUAAAACAUGCUCAAACAGGCCAUUUCUUUCUACAUUACAUAUGUGUUUAAGAAGUUUUCAAGUACACUAUAAGGAUUAUCUUUGAAGUUUGUUCAUUUCUGUAUGUCAGAUAUUUGAUUGUGUUAUCCUUGGAGCAGAAUGCUGCAGAGUAUGUGGCUUGUUGGAAUAACAGUACAGUGUAUCACAGGAUUCAAGCCAAAGUAGAGUUGUGAAUCAAAAACAUGCAUCAAAUAGCUUGCUAGUAUCUUUGAAAGUGAAAUAAUUGUUGAAAAGACUCAGAUGUCAGCUUGAAUACCGCUCAAAGUAUCUGUGUUGAUAGCAAAUGAAAAAUGUGAAUGACGGAAGUGAAAGCAAUUGAUGUAAGAUGAAAAGCUGCGGAAAUAAGGUCACGAUUUAAAGUAUAGUAUUGUUUAUAGCACUGCUGAUAAGAACCAUACACCUAUAUAUGUGACACCUACAGUUAUGGGGACAUGAACUAAAAUAAUUGGCUGAUGACAGAAGAAGAGAAAUGAAGUGACAGGCAAACAGCAACUCGGCAUGGCAACCUUCGACUUAAAGUGUCGGAGCAUAGAGAUCAACAAAGGCUUUAUAGCUCAGCAAUGUGUAAAGAGCAGCUCUGAAGCCCCCUGAGAUCUCCUGUUUUCAAAGAAUCCUGCGGUGUCGCUCCCAGUCUCGCUCGAAUCUUCGACCCCCGUAGAGCUAUAGGGUGCCCACAUCCUUUCAUUUUAAGAGCCCCAUCGGGCCGUUCUACGCCCUAACCUUUCACACACACACAAAAUAAUCUACAGACACCACUUAGAUGAUUUA